CUGUCGCAUAGUUAUGACGUUGCACCGGGGGUCCUCCAUGAACGGAUGUUUCCACGUGAGUGUAUCAACAGCAUGAUGCAUUGCAUGUAAACUCAGCCUUGCACUUGUUAGAUUUACAUGAAGAUUGAACAACAGCUAUUCUGUGUGACAGAAGUGGUAGAAAACAAUGGCGACCGUGCGCAAGAAGGUGGACAACAGGAUUCGUGUCCAGAUAGAGAAUGGAGUCGCUCUGCACCAUCGGACCAUAUUUGUGGUGGUGGGAGAUCGGGGGAGAGAUCAGGUUGUGAUUCUGCAUCACAUGCUGUCUAAAGCAACCGUCAAGGCACGACCUUCUGUACUCUGGUGCUACAAAAAAGAACUAGGAUUCAGCAGCAAUCGUAAGAAGCGCAUGAGACAUCUGCAGAAGAAGAUAAAAACUGGCACUUUGAACCUGAAUCAGGACGACCCGUUUGAACUCUUCAUCGCUGCAACCAACAUCCGAUACUGUUACUAUAAUGAGACCCACAAGAUCCUGGGGAACACCUACGGGAUGUGUGUUCUGCAGGACUUUGAAGCCCUCACUCCCAAUCUCUUGGCGAGAACGGUUGAGACCGUUGAAGGAGGGGGUAUAGUGGUGAUUCUGCUAAGGACUAUGAACUCGCUCAAGCAGCUCUAUACUAUGACCAUGGAUGUUCACUCUCGAUACCGGACAGAGGCCCAUCAGGACGUGGUGGGGCGGUUCAAUGAGAGAUUCAUUCUGUCUCUUGCGUCAUGCAAAAACUGCGUAGUCAUUGAUGACCAACUCAAUAUCCUGCCUAUCUCCAGCCACAUGGCAAACAUCAAGCCUGUCCCACCAAAAACUCAGGAGGAUGGUUUGUCUCCACGAGAACAAGCGUUAAAGGACCUAAAGGAGUCUCUCAAGGACACUCAGCCUGUGGGUGUGUUGGUGGAUUGCUGCCUGACCAUGGACCAGGCUAAAGGAGUGCUGAAGUUCAUUGAGGCGACCUCAGAGAAGACCCUGAGGAGCACCGUGGCUCUGACCGCUGCUCGGGGUCGAGGAAAGUCUGCAGCACUCGGGCUGGCUGUCGCUGGAGCUGUGGCUUUUGGCUACUCCAACAUCUUUGUAACCUCCCCGAGCCCGGACAACCUUCACACCAUGUUUGAAUUCAUCUUCAAAGGCUUUGAUGCGCUACAGUAUCAGGAGCAUCUUGAUUAUGAAAUCAUCCAGUCCUUGAAUCCAGACUUUAACAAAGCUGUGGUGCGGGUGAACAUCUUCAAAGAACAUCGACAGACAAUUCAGUACAUUCACCCGGGUGAUGCCGUGAAGCUGGGCCAGGCCGAACUGCUGGUCAUUGAUGAGGCUGCAGCCAUCCCUCUUCCUUUGGUUAAAAACCUGCUGGGGCCGUAUCUGGUGUUCAUGGCUUCGACCAUCAACGGGUAUGAAGGCACUGGGCGCUCUCUCUCCCUCAAGCUGAUUCAGCAGUUGAGGCAGCAGAGUGCCGACAGCCAGCAGAACAUGUCCGCAAAGAACCGGACCAUCGACACUGAGCGGCUGGCAGCCGCUCGCUCUCUCCACGAGGUCUCUCUCCACGAGUCCAUCCGGUACGCUCCUGGUGAUGCGGUCGAGAAGUGGCUGAAUGACCUGCUCUGUCUGGACUGUCUAAACAUUCCCAGACUAAUUUCUGGCUGCCCGCUCCCUCAGACGUGUGACCUAUAUUAUGUGAACAGAGACACGCUCUUCUGUUACCACAAGGCAUCCGAGGCGUUUCUGCAGAGGUUGAUGGCCCUAUACGUGGCGUCGCACUACAAGAAUUCACCAAAUGACCUGCAGAUGUUGUCUGAUGCUCCGGCCCAUCACCUGUUCUGUCUCCUGCCGCCUGUUCCUCCCACGCAGAACUCACUGCCCGAGGUGCUUGCUGUGGUGCAGGUGUGUCUGGAGGGAGAAAUAUCUCAGCAGUCCAUCCUAAACAGUCUGUCCAGAGGGAAGAAGGCCUCUGGUGACCUCAUUCCCUGGACGGUGUCGGAACAGUUCCAAGACCCAGAGUUUGGCGGCCUCUCCGGAGCCAGAGUUGUGCGAAUUGCUGUUAAUCCAGACUACCAAGGGAUGGGCUACGGCUCCAGAGCUCUCCAGCAGCUACAGAUGUACUAUGAGGGAAAGUUUCCCACCAUGGAUGAGGGUGCACACGCCAAUCCCAAUGAGAUCACCUCUGUCAGCAGUGAGGCGGUCAGUCUGCUGGAGGAGGUGGUCACUCCACGGAAGGAGCUCCCUCCUCUGCUGCUCAAGCUGAGUGAGAGGAGAGCAGAGAGACUGGACUAUCUAGGAGUUUCUUUUGGCCUUACUACACAACUGCUCAAGUUCUGGAGGAGAGCGGGCUAUACUCCGGUAUACCUGAGACAAACCCCUAACGACCUGACAGGAGAGCACUCCUGUGUGAUGCUGAAGGAGCUGAACACCGAUGAAGCUGCAGAGCAGAGCCAGUGGCUGUCGGCCUUCUGGAAAGAUUUCCGCCGGCGCUUCCUGUCUCUUCUCUCCUACCAGUUCAGCCGCUUCCAUCCGAGCCUGUCACUCAGCAUCCUGCAGAACAAGAAGUCCAAGGAGGAGACGAGCAUUCUGACUCGCGCCGAGCUGGCGUCCCAUUUCAGUCCUUACGACCUCAAACGUCUGGAACUGUAUUCAAGGAGCAUGGUGGACUACCACCUCGUCAUGGAUCUGAUCCCAACAGUCGCUCGCAUGUAUUUCCUCAGGCAGCUGGGUGACAUCUCUCUCUCGGCCGCACAGUGUGCGUUACUGCUGGGUAUCGGGUUACAGCACAAAUCGGUGGACCAGUUAGAAAAGGAAAUUGAACUCCCAAGCUCACAGAUCAUGGGACUUUUCAACCGUCUGAUCAGGAAAUUUGUGCAAGUCUUCACCAGUGUCCAAGAGAAAGCUAUUGAGGCACAGAUGGCGACCUCUAAAGACAUUUCCAUGGAGCCGACAGUCGGAAGUCUUAAAGAUGAUCUGAAUGAAGCAGCCAAGGAGUUUGAGGAGAAACACAAGCAGGACGUAGAGAAAGUGAAGGAAAUGGACGUGGAAGAGUACAGGAUCCGUGGAGAUGAUGACGAGUGGGACCAGGUGUUGAAGAAAGCAGGCAACACCGCCAUUGUCAGCAUCAAAAGUGACAAGAAGAGAAAGUGGGAGGGGGAAAACACCAACGCAAAUAAUGGGGCUCCUCACCACGGAAAAGCAAAACAGAAGGAAAUGCAAUACGGCAAAUUCAAGAAGGGCAAGGACAAGCGCGGCAAAUUCGGGAAGACUAAGUGA